CAAAUAAGCGUGGCUAAAUCAGAGUUUUCCACAGUAUUAGAAACGGCUCAGUGCUAAUAAUUCAUUAAAGUAUUUCUGCUAAAAAAAACGAAAGUAGUGCACAAUGUCUCGAUCCAAUGAUAGAAAAAAAAAAUUCUUACGCGAAGCCGUUAGAUCAAGAGAUUUAAGUUGGGUUAAAGCAUUAUUGCAAAAUCGUGUUGAUCCGAAUACGGUUAUUGAGGAUGGCCAGGCAGCUCUUCAUUAUAUCUGUUAUCAAGAUGAGUUGACGAUGAUUCACUUGAAAAUGAUUCGAAGUUUUAUCCAGUAUGGAGCCGACGUUGAUAUCCAAAAUAUGUUAGGUGACAGUCCUAUAAUUACCUUAUAUCGUCAAGCGGAAGAUUGCCAAUUUCGCUUGCAAGUUUAUGAGUUACUACUAAGAGAGGGAGCCGACGUUACAUGUGUUGACAGAGUUGGUAACACAGUAUUACACUGGAUCGUUCGCAAAAAGAAGAAUCGAAGUAUUGUAGAAACAGUGGAAUUGUCGUUGGAAUCUGGAUUAGAUGUAAAUAUCCAAAAUACAAUGGGUCAGUCUGCACUUCAUGUUGCGAUAAAAUACAAUUCGCGAAAUUUAGAAAUCGUUGAACUACUUUUGAGAAAUGGCGCCGACCCAAGUGCAGUUGAUAAUGAUGGCUGGACAGCUCUGAAUAUCAUUUGUGCACACUCUAAGUUGGAAAAAGUCCAUUUGAAAAUGAUUAAACGUCUUAUCGAACACGGAGCUGAUGUUAAUAUUCCAGAUAAAAGAGGCCACAGUCCUAUAAUGACCUUAUAUAAUGGUGCGAACAAUUUCAAGUUACGCUUAGACAUUUUUAAGUUACUGCUGGAAGCCGGAGCCGAUGUAACAUUUGUCGACAAUGCUGGUGAUACAAUAUUACACUUGAUCCUUUGCAAUAACGAGAAUCCAAAUAUUGUAGAAGCAAUAAAAUUGUCGUUGGAAUAUGGAUUAGAUGUAAAUAUCCAAAAUGAAAAAGGUCAGUCUGCACUUCAUCUUGCGUCAUUGCACUGUGAAUGUAUAAAAGUAGUUAAACUACUUUUGAAAAAUGGAGCUGACCCUAAUGUAGUUGAUAAUGAUGGCUGGACAGCUCUGAAUUACAUCUGUGCAAAACGCACUUUGAAAGUUGUUCAUUUAAAAAUGAUUCAGCUUCUUAUCCAAUACACAGCAGACGUUAAUAUCCAAAAUGUGUUUGGCGACAGUCCUAUAAUGUCCUUAUAUAUUUGGGAAGAUUUACGCUUUACGCGUAAUUUACGCUUCAAAGUUUUUAGCUUAUUACUGGAAGCCGGAGCCGAUGUAACGUAUCUCAACGAAGGGGGAAAUACAAUGUUCCACAUUAUCCUUUACAAUCCAGAACAUCGAAGUGUUACGAAAGAAAUGGAAGUGUUGUUAAAAAGUCGAGUUAAUGUACACACUCAGAAUAAAAAAGGUUAUUCUGCACUUCAUUUUGCGGCAUUUUUCUCUGAACCUCUAGAAGUAUUUGAACAACUUUUGAAAAAUCGUGCCGAUCCAAAUGCGGUUGAUGAAAAUGGCCAGACAGCUCUUCAUUAUAUCUGUUAUCAAGAUAAGUUGACGAUGACCCAUUUUAAAAUUAUUGAACUUCUUAUCGAAUACAGAGCUGAUGUUAAUAUUGCGAAUAACGACGGUGAAAGACCUAUAAUGGCCUUAUAUUAUAAUGGCGCGAAAGAUUUCAAGAUACGCUUGGACGUUUUUAAGUUACUACUGAAAGUCGGAGCUGACGUUACACAUGUCAAUCUCGAGGGUGACACAAUAUUAAACUAUAUACUUUACAAUGGAAAGGAUCCAAAUAUUGUCGAAGCAGUGGAAUUGUCGUUGAAUCAUGGAUGUGCUGUAAAUAUCAAAAAUAAACUUGGUCAAUCUGCACUUCAUUUUGCGGUAACAUUUUCUCAAAGUCUAGAAGUAAUUAAACUACUUUUGGAAAGAGAUGCCAACCCAAAUACGGUUGACAACAACGACAGGACAGCUAUGAAUUACAUUUGCCUUGAACCUGGCAUGAAAAAGGUGAACUACAAAAUGAUUAAAACUCUUAUCGAAAACGACGCCAAUGUGAAUAUCCACGAUAAUUUCGGUCACAGUCCUAUAACAAAUUUGUUUGCGCUUGGUGAUUGUUUGGUUAGCGAAUUAAGAUUAUGUCUGAAAGCUUUUCGAUUGCUAUUACAAAAAGGGGCCGUUUGCCAACGUUCACAAGUAUUUGGCAGAUAUGUAUCGUAUAAUUUCGACGAAGCUGAUCCGUUAGGUGAUACCUCAGAUGUUGUAAAAGAAGUUCAAUAUCUGUUAAAAACUGGAAUGAAUGUGAAUAAACGAGAUAAAAAAGGUCGUUCUCCACUACAUAAAGCGAUUUGUGAGUUAAGAAUCGAACAUGUUCAAUUCUUAUUCAGGAAUGGAGCCGAUCCAAAUAUAGUUGAUGCCUACGGCAACAUACCCUUGAAUUAUACUUUUAAACGUUUUGAACAUGCAGACAUGACAUCCCAAUUUAAGAUAUUUUUGAGGAUACUGGAACUCAAUAUCAAAUUCAAUGCAAAUCUUUCUCACAUUGGUAGUAAUGGCAAAACCGUAUUGCACUUACUGAUCAUAAAAGUAAGUAAAUUUUUUUUAAGACCUGAUAAGAAACAUGAGUUGGCAAAGGUCUCGAAGUACGUGCUACAGUAUAUUAAAAUACUUUUAAAACAUGGAUUGAAUGUCAAUAUCAAAGAUCGAGAAGGAUUUACUCCGCUAAAUGAGGCGGUGUCGCACUGUAAUUACCGCAUAGCUCAAUUUCUUGUGAAACGUGGAGCUGACGUUAAUACUGUCAAUUUCAAGGGUGGAUUUUUGGAAAAUAAGGUGUUCCCAUCCUUAAACCUAGUGACAACUUUAAACCUUCUAGAUAUUAUCGAACUUUUGCAGGGCAAAAAGUUCGAAAUCAAAUCCGAACAGUAUUUAACACUAUUUAAAUAUUUGACGUUAUAUGAAAAUUUCCAAAUUAAGGACAGACGAUAUUCAGAACUCUUAGAUGUGUGGGCUACCACUGAUCCUUCCACGGCACAACGUUUCUUCUAUGAUAUUUAUCAAUUAGGUUCUGGAUCUGAUAUUAGAAAAUUUGUUGAAACGCUAAUUCACACAAUAAAUGGUAGUCCAACACUCAACGACUUCUACAAGAAAAACGUUAAAAAAUGUUUAUAUGCUAAUAUUCAAACAUAUCUACACCUGACAAAAGAUGGACCUAUGUACGUGGAUAGCGAAACAAAGAACUAUUUGCAAGAGAAAUUGGAUACACUUGUUUCGGAUUUCUGGCAACCAGAAACUGAUGAACGAUAUAAAAAAAGUAGGGAUGAAUUACACCAAACAUUAAGAAUAAAACUUGAUUUAGCUAAAACAAUGAUGAUAGGAAAUUCUGAGAUUUCAAUUCUGGAUCUUUGUACUUUUGGUCCAGAUAAAACGUACAGCUUAUUGAAAAAUUGUGGUGAUUAUGAAUCAGUAAUAUACUCAGAUACUUUUAGCCAAACAUUGAAUAAUAACAUUGGAGGAUUUAUAAUGGGAUACAUUAUUAAAGCUUUAGUAAGGAGAUUAAUACUAAAAAGUAUUGACCGGUUGAAACUAACCCAAUUACCCAUUAUAUGUUUUGAAAAAAUCAUGGAGUGUUUAGAUACUACAGAUCUAGUUUCUGUAUAUAAGGCAACGGAAUUGCAAACCCAAAAUAAUUGUAAUCAACAAUCAAAAUGAAAAUAUUGAAUU